GAAGAACAGGAAACUGAAGCUACAAGGCUCACCAAAAUUGGACAAUAGAAGACGUUGCCUGGUCCGAUGAGUCUCGCUUUCAGCUGCAACAUUCAUUGACUCGAUGCAAAUGGGCUCAGCAGGGGGACCGGACACCGAAUCUUCCAAUGAAAAAGAUGCUUUGGACUCUGCAGCAGAUGGUGAAACCAUGGAUACUCAAACAGGAUCGGUGGAUGAGGAGAAUGGACGGCAGCUUGGAGAGAUCGAGCUUCAAUGUGGCAUCUGUCUGAAGUGGUUUGGUGCAGAGACAUUUGGUAUAGAUACUACGUCUUGUCUUCCGUUUAUGACCAACUACAGCUUCCAUUGUAACAUAUGCCAUCACAGUGGGAACACUUACUUUCUGAGAAAGCAAGCCAAUUUGAAGGAAAUGUGCCUCACUGCUUUAGCAAAUCUGACGUGGCAGUCUAGAAACAAGGAUGAGCACCCAAAAACGAUGUUUUCCAAAGACAAGGAUAUAAUUCCAUUUAUUGACAAGUACUGGGAGAGUCUGACCACACGACAAAGACCAGGAAAGCUGUCAUGGCCAAACAGUAUUGUCAAAACUAUGACUAAAGAGCGAGAUGUGUUUUUAGUGAAAGAACACCCGGACCCAGGCAGCAAAGACCCAGAGGAUGAUUAUCCAAAAUUUGGCCUCCUUGAUCAGGAUUUGGGAAAUAUCGGUCCAGCUUACGACAACCAGAAGCAGAUCAAUGCAUUGGCUACUGCAGGAGGAUUAAAUGGCGCAGCAGCUGCCGGCACUGCAAAAGGCAGAGGAGCAAAGCGCAAGCAGCAAGAUGGAGGUGCUACUAACGCAGCAAAGCGAGCCCGAAGUGAUCCACUGUUUGCAGCACAGCGUCUUCCUCCUCAUGGAUACCCACUUGAGCACCCCUUUAACAAAGAUGGGUAUAGGUACAUACUGGCAGAGCCAGACCCACAUGCACCUGAUCCUGAGAAACUGGAGUUGGACUGUUGGGCUGGAAAACCAAUCCCGGGAGAUCUGUACCGAGCUUGUCUGUAUGAAAGAGUGCUGCUCGCCCUACAUGACAGGGCUCCCCAGUUAAAGAUCUCCGAUGACCGACUGACUGUUUUAGGAGAGAAGGGCUAUUCUAUGGUCAGAGCAUCCCAUGGCGUACGCAAAGGGGCCUGGUAUUUUGAAAUGUUUAUAGAUGACCUGCCACCUGAUACAGCUGCUAGACUGGGCUGGUCUCAGGCACUAGGUAAUCUUCAGGCUCCUCUAGGUUAUGAUAAAUUCAGCUACUCCUGGCGCAGCAAGAAAGGCACAAAGUUUCACCAGUCUAUUGGAAAACAUUACUCUGAAGCUUAUGGACAGGGCGACACAUUAGGCUUUUAUAUCUGCCUGCCAGAUGAAACUGAGACUGCUCAUGCUAUGCCUGACACCUACAAAGACAAGGCAUUGAUCAAAUUCAAGAGUUACUUGUACUUUGAAGAAAAGGAUUUUGUGGAUAAAGCUGAAAAAAAUUUAAAGCAAACACCUGGCAGUGAGAUUGUAUUCUUUAAGAAUGGUGUCAACCAGGGUGUGGCCUAUAAAGAUGUUUUUGAAGGUGUAUAUUUUCCUGCCAUAUCACUCUACAAGGGCUGUACUGUUUCUAUAAACUUUGGACCACAUUUCAAGUACCCCCCAAAGGAUUUGUCAUUCCGUCCAAUGAGUGACAUGGCAUGGACUGCAGUUGUUGAACAUACAUUAGCAGAUGUUCUGUACCAUGUGGAAACGGACGUUGAUGGCAGAAAGAGUCCUCCAUGGGAGCCUUAAUAGCCUUAAUGCCAGCUUCUUUUUAUAUAUUUUUUUUUUUUUUUCCCUCCCCAUUUUUUUUACAGAAAUUUCAAUGAAGCAAUGAACUGGUCAUCUAUGGCAGUGGGGGAGAAAGCCUCCUUUGUGUGUUUACUUGUAGUCUCCCUUCUAGAAGAGAAUUCUUCUCCAGGCUGUGAGGGUAUGAAAUGGUAUACUUGGCUCAGGGCUCCACUAGUUACAGAGGGCUGCUUGGAAUGCAUUGGCCUUUGCCUUUCAAGUUUCUUGGGUGGGAUAUUGCUCCUCUUUUACCAAUGGAGAAAGUUUGCCACUUUUUUUUUUUUUUUUUUUUAAACAUUUGUAUUGGCAACAGCUCAAAUCUUCCUAUACAAAUUGUAAAUGUUUUUAUUGGUUACUGUGAGGCCCCAUGAACCGUUUUCCUUUUGGACACUUUGACAAAUGUAUAUUAAAGAAUCUCCUAUAUACUUCCCAAAUGUUGGCACACAAGUGUGAGUCUGUUGGGUUCCACCCCAGCCUAAAUGUAUUUUUUUAUAAUGGUUGGUGGAAAGAUUUCACCUCCCUGUCUGUCCCUGUGACAGUAGGACAAGAAACCCUUCUGAAAGAAAUGUUAGUUUGUGGAGAGAAUACCCAUCACUUGUCACCGUGAGAAACUGAAAUUUCUACAGUAGGAAAAUGGACCUCAGUAAAACCUCAAUAAAAAAUUUGCUUUUAAUCAAGAGCAUCAAACAAACGUCUUGGUAAUCCAACCAAUCACAAGAAGACAAAAGCCAGGCAAUGCUUUUCAGGGGCCGAAAAAUCCCCCUUUUAUCAUGGCUUGAACAGUGUAUCCAGUUUUAGUGGACUCAAAACUGCUUCUGAGCCGAUCUCUGUAACUGAUAGUCUUAAGGAUGACGGCCAGUGAAAGAUUGUCAGUAUCGGCAGCACAUUGCUGUUUUGGCAUGCUUAUCUGUCCCCCAAAAUGCAAUAGAUGUCUUUUUGAUGUUUGGUAUUGAAUCAUUAAGGGUUUGGACUCCCAAGACUUCUGUUUUGGAGUUCUUAUUGGCUGGAAUGUGAAAAAUGGGGGUCACCCAGCUUGAGAAGUCCAAAGGGCCCCCCAUUUUGUGCCAACCUCAAGGCUUCAGGCUCAAGUAACUGUCUUUUCUUACCGUUUUGAAUAUUGUGUCCAGCAUCUCAUUUGCACAUUCUAUGCCUUCCCCCCCCCACACUCUGUCAAAAACUAAAGUUUUUGUCUGAAGUUGAAGCCGAGUUAAAUACAAGGAAUAUUAUGCCUUUUUGGCCAAAAUUUGAGAGGUUGAUAAAGCGGUAAAAAAUCAAAACAACCUGGCACACAUGACUUGGUCUCCAAUAAAUACUAAUUCAACUCAAAUUGCUUCUGUAUAGAGAAUCGGAUUUAUAAAUGUAUAAAGGCUAUUGCUGUCACGGGGCGGACAUGUUGAAAUAGAUGUUGUUGGGAAAAUUUAAUGUGAUGGGUUUGCAUAGCCAGCAAUGUGACAACUGCUAUCAUUACUGGUGGGAAUGCGCAUGUGGUUUUGAACUGGUAAUGGAACUGAUGUUCCCUUUAAAUCUGCUUCCAGCCAUUUGUUGCAAAAGCAUUAGACCCUUAAGCUGGCCACUGUAUUCUUGGAAAGGCUUUUAUGACCUUGGUCCAUGUGAAAGGGCUAUCCGUAACAUUAGCAUAUUGAUUCCAAAUCAAAAUUUCAGAUCUGAUCCAGCUGUGAAAUAUAAAUUUUCACACAACUUUACUUCCUGUUAGGCAUUCUUUUCUUUUUUUUUUUUUUUGGCUAUAUAGAAGAAAUUUGUGUCCAUUUACAAAAGCCUUAUGCAUGUGCCAUUUGAUUCAAUGUAUGGUAUUUAUUACACCUUUUUCCGGUUUUAUUGCAUUGAUCUGUGACUUUGUCAAAUGUGUGCAAUGUUAUUGUUUUGAAUGGUAUUGCUUAUUGUGUCUGUAUUUGAGCCUAAAAUCGUAUUUUUAGUUCCUGAUUGGUGUAAACAAUUUUUUUAUGAGGUGUCUGAGGUUAUCAGAAGGAGCCCUUUAAAGUGCAUUUCCACUUUUAGCAGUACAUUUUGAGAAAACCCCACUGUUUUUUGUGUUCACAUUCACACAGCAAAAAAGUUUUUAUCUAUUUUUUUUUUU